AUGGCGAGACUCAUUGCAGUGACGGGCGCAACAGGAAACCAAGGGGGAUCGGUUGCGAAGCUACUAUUAAAAUAUCCAACAGAAUACAGAGUACGAGCUAUCACCCGCGAUGCGCAUUCAAGUUCAUCCAAGGCGUUGGAAGAGAUGGGAGCCGAAAUAGUGGAAGCCGAUUUAACAAAACCAGAAACCUUGCCAGCGGCCGUGGCUGGUUGCUGGGGGGUGUUCGGCGUCACAAAUUUCUACGAUGUGAAAAUUCAGGAUGACCCAGGAAGUGAAGAAGUUCAAGGAAAAAAUCUGGUGAAGGCUUCUUUUGAUGCUGGUGUACAGUGUUUCAUCUGGAGCUCACUUCCCAGCUCGGCACAAAUCUCGGGAGGCCGUUUGGUCUCCAAGAUAUACGAAGGCAAAUAUCAUGUCGACGCGUACAUCAAGGAAAUCGGACUUCCCGCUAGUAUUUUUUAUACAGGGAAUUUUUACGAGAAUAUGGUCCUUCGGGGACACGUUAGCUAUGACAAGGCCAGCGAUGUGAUUGAAUUUCGCCAUACUGUGAUCAAGAGAGACACGAAGUCAAUGUUAUACGUCGAGAGGGACCUAUCCGCCCUCGCAAAAGCCGUUUUCGACCAAUGGGACUCGAAGAAGAAUGAGCUGAACCACAAAAUCCUUUAUUGUGCAAACGCUCGCGUCUCGGCCGGAGAUAUUAUUGCUUGCAUUGAACGAGUCACGGGCAAGAAAUGUACCUGGGACUCUUUACCUACAACCGGUGUACCUGAUCGAGACAUUAUGUAUCAACUAUACAACGAGGUAGGGAUGUAUGGGAACAAAGAACUCCCCGAUAAUAACGUUGUGGCAUUGGGGGUGAAGAUGCACGGUAUCGAAGACUUUGUGCGGGAACGUUUAGUGCCUCAUCUUGGUCUUUAG